UGUUCUCGGGUUCGUGCGACUCGUCCCCCGAGCUUCCCGUCUCUCAGUUCCUCUAACACCUGGUGACAUUCCUCAAAUGGACGAAUCUCCACGUUCGGCCUGAUCUUCCCUUCUGCAAUGGCGUCUAAGACCUCUACCAUUUCUGACUUCUUUCCCCAAAAGCACGUCAGCAGUUCAAUUUCCUUCAUUGCCGUGAGCAGCACUGGAACCUACGAUAUCGAGGGUGACAUUGAGAUCCUGCAGAAGCUGCCGGAGUCCGUCCGGAUGCACUGCAUGGUCGGCACCUGUGUCUCUCCCCAGCUGCAAACUCUGUUCCUUCAGAUCAGUGACAAUGAUUACGCCUGCACCGAGGCAAUUCUUUGCAAUCUGCACGGCGUUCUGUCCAAGUCCCCCGCAACCUAUUAUCAGGACUGUCUGACCCGCUUGCACGUUUCCGAGGGUCUUUAGUGCAUGAUACGAGGUAAGCACGGCGUCGGUGGCCACCGCUGCGACCUCUGGAGGAAUCGAUUUUGCCACGGGGAAAACAGAAGAUGCGGAUACUGCGAUGUACGAUGCCCACAUUCCGUCUGACCCCAAGCCGUGCAAUGGUUGC